AUGAACGUUGACCCGAUUCAAUUUUCCCCUGAGGAAUUCUACGAAGGCAUAAUCGUCGGAGGCGGAACAUGCGGACUCGCAGUCGCAGCUCGGCUCUGCGAACCUCGCCCCGACUCGAUCUUCACCGAGGACGAGCACCAGCGAUUCCACUGGUUAAGACAACGCAAAUCGAAAACCAACAUCUUGCGCAACAAGCCCAGCUACGUCUCAUCCUCCAACUUCCACCCUGGGGAGCUUUUAGUAAUCGACCAAACGGGGAACAAAUUCAUGCAGCAAUGGGAUAACCAAUUUGCAUCAUGUCAAAUCCCGCACUUGCGCUCGCCCAUGUUCUUCCACGUUGACCCCUUAGAUAUCGACGGCAUGGUUGCGUUUGCCCACUUGAACAAGCGGCAAGAUGAGCUCAUGGAGAUCACGAACGUAGUGGGCAAGGAGUUCUCCAAACACCAACAAAAACGGCUCAAGCUGAAAUUACAUCGCAAGAGCGAUGGCGUCGUUGAUAUCAACAUGCGCAAUUGGAAGGAUUACUAUCGGCCCUCGACAAGGUUAUUCAGCGACUAUUGCGCUGAGGUAGUUGCACGCUACAAAUUGCAAGAUUGCGUCAUCAGGGAUAGUGUUGUUGACGUCCAAUAUAGGUUGAUCCAAUGCGGUGGUGAAGAUAUCGGCAUGGGGUUUGUAGUGCGUACGCAAAGUGGGAAAGUUUUCGGGUGCAAGUUCGUCGUGGUCGCGAGCGGCCACGUCGGUAAAGUCAAUUUCCCCCUCGCGCCAUUCGCAAACGAAGCUCAUUUCCCGCACGGUGCAUGCCACACGACGCACUUGUUCCACCAGCAGGUGCAAUUUCUCGACCCAAAGUACUUUCGCGACCCACAGCGGAAACGCAUCGUUAUCGUUGGCGGCGGCUUGACUUCAGCUCAACUCGCGCAUGUCGCGUGCCGGGACCCCACGGUCUCAUCCAUCACUUUGCUAUUCCGCUCCGCCGUCAAAAUUAAACACUUUGAUUUCCACCUCGAUUGGGUGUCCAAGUACAAAAACUUCAAGAAAUCAAUCUACCACAAUCAGGAGACUGAUGCAUUGCGGUACGAGAUGAUGAUUGAAGCACGCGGCGGCGGGUCAAUCAACCCGGAGUACUUGAAGAAAUUGAACAAGCACGUGAAAGACCACAGGUUGACAUGGUUGCAAAAAGCACGCAUCGCGUCGCAAGCAUGGAAUGGCCACGCCUGGGACCUCACAAUCGAACAACAACAAGAAAGAGAAGGAGGAGGAGAAGAUGAAGCUGUCGAGUUGCGCAAUGUAGAUUACAUCUAUUUCGCCACGGGCAGUCAAGCAGACGUGAAAUCGUUGCCCUUCUUGCGCCACAUGCACCAGGAACACCCAAUCGAGGUCACGUGCGGAUACCCUGCGUUGACAGAUAACUUGCAAUGGAACAACGAUGUUCCGUUGUUCAUGGUGGGCAGAAACGCAGCGCUUAAAAUCGGCCCCACGUCAGCUAACCUUGACGGGGCUAGAUUGGGCGCUGAGCGCGUGGGCUGGUACGUGCAAAACAUGAAGCUUGACGGGAAAUUUGAUUGGUCGCCUGUCAAGGUUGAACCUGUGAAAUCUACAUCGUCUGCGUUUGAAACAAGAUUGCAAUUGGCCAGUGGCCAAUUGAACUGGUUUGAAUUGCUAAAUAAUACAUAA